AUGGAACACGAUAUGUCCAACCCGUCCCGCCUGGUCCACCGCCACCUGUACCCAAUAUCACUUAAGCUACAUGCCCUCGCGUUGAGCGAUCACAUAUGUCGUUCCGCGAGAUCGGUGCACGUCUGUCAGUGCCAUACAGCACCGUACCAAGUCAACUUCCUCAAGAAGCACAAGCAACCUUGGCUCCAAACGUACAUGGAGCUCCAGAAAGAAGAAUGCGGAUACGACAACUUCUUGAAGCUUCUUCAAUGCUUCUGUGCCCGCUAUGGGCACACGCACCAACAAGCCAGUUUUGCAAAGCAAACCGUGACAGACCUCGAAAGUACCCGCACUGACUUUGCCGCCCGCUUGUACAACGAGAACGAUGGUGUACCUGACGAAUGUGUCUACAAUGUUGAUGAGACCGACAUCCAGUAUGACAUGCCUCCGCGAUACAUCUGGUCGCAGCGCGAUGGGACUACAAAACUGUCCAAGGGAGAGAAGCACUCACAAAGCCAGGCCCAAACCCACGAGCGGCCAACGACGCCGCUAAGUGCCAAGGAAACAGCAAAGGCGCAUCAACUGGUCCUCGACUGCAUGUACCUGGUGUUCGGCGAACAAGACACUGCAACCCUUCUCGGUGGCCUCUCCCCCGAGAACCAAGCCCGUCUGGUGGAGGGCAUCGGUCGACUUGUUGACCAAGCCGUCACGGCUGCCGUCACCCCCCUGACUGCACUUAACGCCGCUCUGGAAAGCCAACUGUCUAUCAUGGCAGCCCAUGGUCGUACUUUCGAAGAGUCACUCGCACGCAGCGCGACUGAAGUCGAGCGCCUUACGUACGCGCUCCAUACCUCCGAACAACAAAGCCCCUCCCGGUUGAAGCCGAUCAAGCUCGAGGUCACGAAAUUCGGUGGAGCGGAGUCCGACAAACUCCUCCGCUGGAUCCUCCAAGUUGAGACCGCUGCGAACGCGCAGCGUAUCCUGGAUGACGACACUCGAGUCGCUUUCGCGAUGUCGCACUUGAAGGGCCUCCACGUUCCUGCCCCCCAAUAG